AUUUACAUCUUUCCUCUUGUAUCCAGAGCCACAGGGCUAACAGUGAAUAAGAUUCUAUGCUACUUGGUACACGAUGCUGUCUAUAACUUAUUCCUCUCUCCAUUGGCAUCAUUCCCCGGACCGAGACUCUGGGCUGUGUCCAAUAUCCCUCGUCAGAUAAGUAUGUUGGGGGGCCGUAGCCAUUUGAAAAUGCUAGCCCUUCAUCGGCGUUACGGCUCUGCUGUGCGCAUUGGUCCCAAUGAGCUCUCAUUCAACAGCCCCCAAGGCUUUCAGGACAUUUACGGGUUCCGUCGAGGACAGCCACAGUUUCAAAAGGAUCCUAAGUUAUAUGGAUCGCCGUUGGGCGGAAUCAGCAACAGUAUUGGCGGGUAUAUUGAUAGCGAAGCUCAUUCCAGACACAGACGAUUGCUGUCUCAUGCCUUCUCCGAACGGAGUCUACGUGAACAAGAAGGGAUAGUCGUACAUUACGUCGAUCUUUUUAUUCAACGACUGCGAGAGAGAACUAAUGUCAACGAAAUGCACAGGGCAGAGGAGGACCUCAAAAGCUGGUUCAACUUCACCACUUUCGAUAUCAUCGGCGAUCUUAUGUUUGCAGAGACCUUCAACUGUCUCAAGGACAGUCAACUGCAUCCAUGGAUCGCCCUGAUGUUCAACAACGUCAAGGGUAUCACAUUUCUCGGAGUAUUGAAUCAAUAUGCGCUGUUUAGGAGAAUGCAAGAGACACUCUUGCCAAAAUAUCUCAAACAAAAAAUGCUGGAAAACCAUAAGCUUUGUGCCCAAAAGGCAGACCGCCGGCUUCAGAAAGGAGCCUCUCGCCCAGACUUCGUGUCUGCCAUUCUGAAACAUGGGCUCAGUGAUGAUAAGGAAGAAUUCAUCGAGAACCAACCUCUCAUGAGCAGAGCCGAAAUCCAUGAAAACUCAGUCUUCAUUACCAUUGCAGGAAGUGAAACGACAGCGUCGCUACUAUCUGGAUGUCUCUACUACCUUUGUAAAAAUACGCAUGUCAUGGACCAAGUUUGCAAGGAAAUCCGUGCCGCGUUCGCUACUGAUCAGGAAAUCACAUCAUCCAUAUGCUUUAACCUCAAAUACCUCAACGCAGUCCUUGAAGAAUCACUUCGUCUGUAUCCACCAGUGGCGGGAGGCCUUCCACGACUGGUCCCUAAGGGCGGCACUACCAUUGACGGCCAAUUCGUUCCAGAAGAUGUAACCGUUUCCACUCAUCAUUAUGCAUCAUACCAUGAUAGAGCGAACUUCGCACUCCCAGAGCAAUUCAUUCCCGAGCGAUGGCUGGGGACCGACGGUAGAUUUGACUCUGACAGAAAGGACGUGAUGCAUCCAUUCAGCCUGGGGCCCAGAAACUGUCUGGGUAAAAAUUUGGCACACAUGGAGAUGCGCUUGAUGUUGACUAAAUUGCUAUUCAAUUUCGAUAUAGCCCUUACUCCAGCAAGUGACGAGUGGAAUAGACAGAAGGCGUUUACCAUCUGGGACAAACCAGCACUGAUGGUGAGGUUGAGUGACAGGUUUACGUAA